AUGACAUCCAACUCAGUCCCUAAGUUUGAGACGUUAGUGGUAUCCAAUCCGAGGGAAUAUGUAUACAGAGUGGAAUUGAACAGACCGCAUAAACUGAACGCAAUGAACGACGUCUUCUGGCGGGAAAUCUCAACGUGUUUUAAUGGUAUUGCAGAAGAUCCUAAUUGCAGGGUUGUCAUAGUUACUGGUGCCGGUAGAUUAUUUACAGCAGGACUUGAUCUCACCGAUUCUCAAAUCCUGGCAUUUACUGAUGUUCAGAAAGAUGUUGCUAGGAGAGCAAUGCAAGUGUUUGACGUCAUCAAGAAAUUACAAGAAUCGUUCAGUUUUAUCGAGAAGUGCCGUAAACCUGUGAUAGCGGCCAUACAUAAUGGGUGUGUAGGUGGCGGUGUAGACAUGGUGGCAGCUUGUGAUAUCAGACUGUGUACAGAAGACGCAUGGUUCCAAGUCAAGGAGGUAGAUAUCGGUGUGGCAGCGGAUGUUGGCACUCUACAAAGACUCCCGAAGAUAAUAGGAAACGACAGCUUAGCAAGAGAGCUGGUUUACACGGCGAGAAGACUUCCAGCAACAGAGGCCAAGCAAUUGGGACUUGUCAGUCGUAUUUAUAAAGAUAAAGCGUCUAUGAUUGAGGGCGCACUGGAGUUAGCUUCUACGAUAGCCAGUAAGAGUCCUGUCGCUAUCCAGGGAUCCAAAGUGAACUUGGUGUAUUCCAGGGACCAUUCAGUACGGGAGGCAUUAGAAUAUAUGGCAGCCUGGAACAUGAGUAUGGGACAGACUGAAGACAUUGCCAGGGCCAUACAGGCCAAUAUGACCAAGCAAAAAACAACUUUCUCUAAACUGUGA